AUGCUACUUUUUGAAACCAUCAAAUUUCAGUUUUUGCACCUCAAAGCUCUCCACCGGGCCACCUUCACCCACCUCGGGCCUUUCGGUGUUCGCCGGAGAGUGUCGUCCGUCGUUCGUCAGAGUUCGUCCCUCUUUUGGCUGGAUUCUUUAGGGCCAAGCUUAGCCGGUGCAACUGCCGAUGUGCAUUGUUAUGAUGUGUUGACAAAUAAAUGGUCUCGAGUUACACCUAUUGGAGAACCGCCUACACCUAGAGCAGCCCACGUGGCUACUGCUGUAGGUACCAUGGUUGUCAUUCAGGGUGGGAUUGGUCCAGCUGGUUUGUCGGCUGAAGAUCUUCAUGUUCUAGACCUUACACAACAACGACCAAGAUGGCAUAGGGUUGUGGUCCAUGGUCCUGGGCCAGGUCCACGCUAUGGGCAUGUCAUGGCUUUGGUGGGACAACGUUAUCUCAUGGCAAUUGGUGGAAAUGAUGGAAAACGACCUUUAGCUGAUGUAUGGGCUCUGGAUACCGCUGCAAAGCCGUAUGAAUGGCGGAAACUCGAACCCGAGGGUGAAGGUCCACCUCCUUGCAUGUAUGCCACUGCCAGUGCUCGUUCUGAUGGUCUUCUUCUGCUCUGUGGUGGGAGAGAUGCAAAUAGUGUGCCACUGGCCAGUGCGUAUGGACUUGCCAAACAUAGAGACGGUCGGUGGGAGUGGGCUAUUGCCCCUGGUGUCUCACCGUCUUCGAGAUAUCAGCAUGCAGCAGUUUUUGUUAAUGCGCGUUUGCAUGUGUCGGGAGGUGCACUUGGUGGAGGGCGCAUGGUUGAGGACUCCUCGAGUGUGGCUGUGUUGGACACUGCAGCUGGAGUGUGGUGUGACACAAAGUCAGUGGUCACGAGUCCGAGAACUGGAAGGUACAGUGCCGAUGCCGCAGGUGGGGAUGCGGCUGUCGAGUUGACGAGACGCUGCCGGCAUGCUGCUGCUGCUGUCGGUGACUUGAUCUUCAUAUACGGUGGUCUACGUGGCGGUGUACUGCUCGAUGAUUUACUGGUUGCCGAAGACCUUGCCGCUGCCGAAACAACCAGCGCGGCUUCCCAUGCUGCUGCAGUAGCUGCAGCAUCCAAUCUGCAGCAAGGGAGAAUGCAAAACAGAUAUGGGUUUACUGAAGGCAGAAUAAAGGCACCUGAUGUGCCAGAUGCUUCUAAUGCUGAUGGUGCGGUUGUUGUUGGAAAUCCCGUUGCGCCCCCAGAGAAUGGCGAUAUAUACACAGAUAUAAGCACGGAAAACGUAACUCACCAUUCCAGGUCACUGAGCAAAGGUGUUGAGUACUUGGUUGAGGCUGCUGCAGCCGAAGCUGAGGCUAUUAGUGCUACACUGGCGGCUGCCAAAGCUCGACAGGUUAAUGGAGAUGUUGUCGACACUCCGGAUAGAGACCGUGGGGCUGAGGCGACACCCAGUGGAAAACAAAUAACAACAUUGAUCAAACCCGAGCCUGUGACUUCAAAUAACUCCAUGCCAGCUGGAGUUCGGCUUCAUCACCGUGCCGUGGUUGUGGCUGCAGAGACUGGUGGUGCUUUAGGCGGUAUGGUCAGACAGCUUUCAAUUGAUCAGUUUGAAAAUGAAGGCAGGCGGGUUAGUUAUGGAACUCCGGAAAGCGCUACAGCAGCUAGGAAACUUCUAGAUAGGCAAAUGUCAGUUAAUAGUGUACCUAAGAAGGUUAUUGCUCAUCUUCUGAAGCCUCGUGGUUGGAAGCCUCCGGUUCGGAGACAGUUUUUCUUGGACUGCAAUGAGAUUGCUGAUCUUUGUGAUAGUGCUGAGAGAAUAUUUGCUAGUGAACCUAGCGUGCUACAGCUAAGGGCCCCUAUCAAGAUAUUUGGAGAUUUACACGGGCAAUUUGGAGAUCUCAUGCGGCUUUUUGAUGAGUAUGGAUCACCGUCGACUGCGGGAGACAUAGCUUAUAUAGAUUAUCUCUUCCUAGGAGACUAUGUGGAUCGUGGCCAGCACAGCUUGGAAACCAUUACUCUUCUCCUUGCUUUGAAGGUGGAGUAUCCUCAUCAAGUACAUUUGAUACGUGGUAAUCAUGAGGCUGCAGAUAUCAAUGCUCUUUUCGGCUUUCGAAUUGAGUGUAUUGAGCGUAUGGGAGAGAGAGAUGGAAUAUGGGCAUGGCAUAGGAUAAACAGAUUGUUCAACUGGCUUCCACUGGCCGCGUUAAUCGAGAAAAAGAUUAUUUGUAUGCACGGUGGAAUUGGGAGAUCCAUAAACCAUGUCGAGCAGAUUGAGAACAUCCAGCGUCCGAUUCCAAUGGAGGCAGGAUCGAUUGUUCUGAUGGACUUAUUGUGGUCUGAUCCCACUGAGAACGACAGUGUAGAAGGAUUGCGGCCAAAUGCAAGAGGUCCUGGUUUAGUAACCUUUGGGCCUGAUCGUGUCAUGGAAUUCUGUAACAACAACGAUCUUCAAUUGAUUGUUCGAGCACACGAAUGUGUGAUGGAUGGAUUUGAAAGAUUUGCUCAGGGACAUUUAAUUACUCUCUUUUCAGCCACAAACUACUGUGGUACUGCAAAUAAUGCUGGUGCUAUUUUGGUACUGGGUAGGGAUUUAGUAGUAGUGCCAAAGCUUAUUCAUCCUCUUCCGCCUGCAAUUUCAUCCCCAGAAACAUCACCUGAACGUCAUAUGGAAGACACAUGGAUGCAG